UCUGUGUUUGUCAUUGCAGGUGAAUCAAACAGCCCUUCGGGAGCAACACAGAAUGGGAAAGGUUUACAGAGUAAGAGUCAGUUUAGGACCAUAGCACCAAAAAUUGUGCCAAAAGUCCUGACAUCCAGAGUGCUACCCUGUCCUUCCUCAUUUUCUGACCAAAGGAGUCCAGCUCUAACCUCCAAGCCUCUGGGCAUGCCCACCCAUAACUAUGCUCUGAUGCAGCUGGCUGGCCAAGAGGGAACGUUCUCUCUUGUUGCUUUGCCGAAUGUUGCCUCAGCUCAGCCAAUUCAGAAGCCCAGAAUGUCCCUGCAUGAAAACGUUAAGCUGCCUAUUCCUCGAUACCAACCACUAAGUAGCAAAGGACUAAGAAAGAGACAGGACCUGAUCUCUUCCAAGAGUGCCUGCAGUGGACCUCCUGGCCCAGCCCAGAUAUGUCAGGUGUCCCCUUCCCCACAAGCCCAUCCUGAACUGCCUCACAAACCCAGCGUGUUGAAGCAAAUGCCCACUUUAGACUCUUCCCCGACCAGUAUCAACACAGCUACCCUGAGCAGUGGUAUUGGCCAAGAAGAUUGGAAUCCUCUCGUGACCAAUAGCUGUGGCGAUCAGGAGCUUUCUGCCAUCCCAGCAUGUACUACAGAGGGUUCCUCUUCCCCACAGAGCCUCCUGGCAUCUAUUCAGAAGGCAGACUGUGCCAGGAAGGCGGUACCCACUAGGCCUGCUGUUGCUGAUGAAGAGCUUAAAGAACAGGUGGCUCCUGCACACACUGUCUUCAGCAGUGCCAUGCAGUACCACAUGGUCUCUGCGGUGCCUGAGGGUAAGGUGCCCAUCCUACCCUUCACCAGAGUGAAAACCACAGAGGUGGGCAAAGUGGAAUCGGAUGCCAAUAAUGCAGAAUUAUCUUCAUCUGGAUGCAGAACAAACGGUGAUGAGAGACUGUCCAUCACAGAAAGGUUCAAUGCAGCCACCCAGAUAGCCAGCAUGGUACCUGCUCUGCAUGGGUCAAAGCAGAGUGCUUGUGAUAGUGCCUUCUCUCUCAGCCACAAAGCAAAACCCAGCAGUGACUUAGCAAAGAGAAAAGGAAGAAAACGGAAGGUGCCAGAUGAGGUUUUAGCAUUGCAGGGUAAAAGAAGGAAAUGCAUUGUUGGUAUGUGCGCAGAUCGUGUACAAAGGAAAAGAAACAGUUCCCAGGAACCCAUGGACCAGAAGCCCAGGGCUGCUUCCAGAAAGUAUCGUAGCAUCAUGCCCAAGCCUGUCCUCGUCCUGUCUGCGUUGGCACCCCUGGCAUCUCCUGUGGCUCUGCUGCAGUCCCAGGCUCCCAGCAGCCUCAGUCAGGAUGUGCUGAAUAACACAUUGCCUCCAAAAGGGCUUGGCUCCAGACAGAGUGACCGCCCUACCCCAAAGCCCAGUUCUGUGCUCAGAAAUGGAUUCUCUGGCAUUAAGAAGCCCUGGCACAUGUGCCCUGUCUGUAACCACCACUUCCAGUUCAAACACCACCUUCUAGACCACAUGAAUAUACACACCAACAGACGGCCUUACAGCUGUGGGAUCUGUCGCAAGACCUAUGUCCGCCCUGGCAGCCUGAGUGCACACAUGAAGCUUCACCACGCCGAGCAUCGCCCCAAGAGGCUAGUGUGCUGUGAGUUUUGUGCGAAAGUGUUUGGUCAUGUCCCUGUCUACUUUGGCCAUCUGAAGGAGGUGCACAGGGUUGUGAUCAGCACAGAGCCCUCCUCUAGUGAGCUGCAGCCAGGAGACACGGCAAAAAACAAGGACAGAGAUGCCACUGUGCAAGGACCUGACGGCCCAUUGGAGAGGGAAACGAAAUCAAGUUUGGAAGAAGAUUUCCUUCUAAACCAGGCAGAUGAGGUCAAACUGCAAAUCAGAUGUGGUCGCUGUCAGAUCACUGCUCAGUCUUUCGCUGAAAUAAAGUUUCAUUUGCUUCAUGUCCAUGGGGAGGAAAUUCAAGGCCGGCUUCAAGAGGUGAUCUUACCAGGCGGCAGCUCUGGUGCCCCCUACCAGAAGCAGCACACGGAAAGAAGGAAGCAGGUGCCUCUGUGUGACUCUGUGGAGGACUCCCCAGCAUUUCCCACAGGGAAAAGACUGCCGCCCCCUCAUCAGAACAGAGAGGAGGUGCUGGGAGAGAGUGAAGGUGGCCAGUGGGGAGUGAGCGGCCCACCGCACCCCGCCAGGCUUCUCUGGUCCCAUUCGGGCUUUAACUGCCUGCUCUGUGCCCAGAUGCUGUGGAGGAAGGAGGACCUGCUUCUGCACUGGGUCCGGCAGCACAACUGUGAGGACCCCAGCAGACUCUGGGCUAUCCUGGGCACGUUCUCUAACCAGGCAGCUCCUGAGCUCCCCAGUGGGGCAAGGCAGUGAGCAGCUUUUUUAUCACACUCUACCUGUUAGUAUUCAAUUGUAAGGAUGCAGUGCUCGGGCCACACCCGUGUACAGAGGUCAUUUUGUGCAUAGCUUUAUUUUCGUAAGAAAUAAAAUAUGUGCCCUGGAUGCAUUUUCUAACAUACGUAGUCUCGCUUUAAAAUUCCAUGCACUCUCUACUAACGUAUACUUACCUAUAAUAAAUAAAAAGAUCAAAAU